AUGGUGAAGAAAGGCGGUUUGAGCACUCUGGAAACAUGGCUGAUCGUUCUCUUCGUGGUCAUGACCGGUGUCAGCGUGGGCCUGGUUGUCCUCUACUUUGUUGACAAUGGGGAAGAUUCAGCGACCUUAGGUAAGGGGCCGGACUCAGGCUGCGGCGGUCCGCAACAACUCACGGGAGAGUCGGGCACCUUCACCAGCCGCUUCUAUCCCAGCAGCUAUGACAACGGAAGGAGCUGCUCCUGGCACAUUACUGUGGAUCCCGAUAAGGUCAUCUCACUAUGGUUUGAAGAAUUUGCCGUGGAGGACACGCAACUGUGUAGCGCAGAUGUGGUGACGCUGCGAGAUUCACUAGGAGUGAUUGGCAAAUACUGCGGCUACACCAAACCCAUUCCUGUGGUGACUCUGACCAACCGCCUGACCGUGUACUUUGAUACCAAUGACAGAAAAACAGACCAAGGAUUCAAGGCUCAUUACAAGGCCGUGUCUCCCGAGCGUAUAUCGGAAAUAGCCGGAGCUGGUGGCUUUCUCCAUGGUGACCGGGGGGAUCUGCUGACCCCUGGCUUUCCAGAGCAGAAGUACCCCAAUAGCGCGACAUACCAGUGGAAAAUCACCGUCCCUGAAGGCGAGGGUGUUCGACUGACGUUCACCACUUUUGACCUGAUACCCGAAGUGUGCGGCGACUAUGUACAGGUCUUCGACGAUUCUUCGCUAUUAGGGAAAUUCUGUGGGGGAUCCUUGCCCAAACCGGUGGAGUCUAGCACAAACACCAUGAUUGUGCGGUUCAGAUCGGACAGCACCCAGAACUCUCGAGGGUUCCGUGCCACUUUCACUAAAUCCAGCCUUCCACCUAUCGUCCUCCCCACCACUGUGAAGCCUACGACAACGCCUGAACCCACUACCCCGACACUCCCGCCCACCACCCCGAUUACCGGUGGUCCGGUUAUUCUCAACGGGCGCAAGGGUACUAUCCAGUCCGAGGGAUUCCCAGAUCCGUACCCGCCUUACCAAAACGUCUCGUGGAGGAUAAGCGUACCCAAAGGGUUUCUGGCGAAGCUCCAGAUUACCGAAUUGGCCAUCACGGGGGAACCUUUACAAUGCAAGGACGACAAGCUGAUUGUAUCAGAUGCUUACGGCCCGCUAGGCACGCACUGUGGCUACAUCCUCCCGCCGGUUUUGGUGGCCGCCACCAACGCUUUGUCUGUCUCCUUCUUGUCUGACGGCCGGCUCACCGACAGAGGCUUUUCUGCUAAGUGGGAGGCCGUCUACCCUGAGGAUAUAGCAGAAAUUCAAGGAUGCGGCUUGUCAUCCAAGGAAGAGAUUGGCGUGAUCAAGUCGCACAACUGGCCUAUGAACUACAAGGCCAACGCCGAGUGCAUGUGGAGUGUCGCGGUCCCGUUGGGCAAGAAAAUCACCCUGACCUUUACUCACUUUGACCUGGAGGCCAAAGAUAUUCUGUCAUCGAAGUGCGCUGACAGCGUCGUGGUGUACGAUAUCAACGGCCUGACCAACACUUUGCAUCAAAAACAUGGACCGUUUUGCGGUACCAAAAUCCCUCGAAGUAUCAAGACCAAAGGAAACAAACUGGUGGUUCGGUUCCAUUCAGACCUAUUGAUAGAAGCCAAAGGUUUCAGAGCCUACUGGACUACAAAUCCCAGCCUGCCUGGACCGACUGAGGCGCCUGCUCCGCGUAAUCCUUGGGAUGACAUCAUCAUAGACUGGCCUGCCACAUGCGGCAAACCAGCCAUCCCUCCCUCCAUUAUGUCUCGUAUUGUUAACGGAGAAGAAGCAAGGGCGCAUUCAUGGCCCUGGCAGGUGUCCAUGCAGGUGUGGCCAGCCAGUCAAGCCGAUCCAACUUUCUUCCAUGUAUGUGGUGGCACUCUUAUUCAUAAGAACUGGGUGCUCACAGCAGCUCACUGCUUCAUCAACUAUGCUGAUGAGCUGCAACGCUGGCGAAUGUGUCUAGGCAAGCACAACCUAACCAUCACAGAACCUAGCGAGCACUGCCUAAGCGUGUUGGGCAUCCACCGCCACGAGGCUUUUAGGUACCCAACCGUGCCUACUGUGGAGUUUGAUAUUGCCCUGGUCAGGCUGGAUGGAGAUGCCGAGGUCAGGGACCAGAUCGCCUUCGCCUGCCUACCUUCUCUGGAGGAGAUCCUCCCGGGGGGAAAGAAAUGCUACGCCACUGGCUGGGGGGAUGAGACAGGGGAUUCCCUCAAUGCUAAAGUGGCAGAGACUCUUAACCAAGUAGCAUUGCCUGUGGUACCAUACGACACAUGCAAGCGGAUGGACUACUGGUGGUUCCAGGUGAAGCCCUCCAUGAUCUGCUGCGGUUACACGCUUCCUGAUGAGCUCCAGUCAGUUUGUCAGGGAGAUUCUGGCGGUCCUCUCGUGUGCCAGGACGGUGCUGAAAGUCCCUGGGAAGUCCAUGGAAUCACCAGUUUUGGUCCCAUUGGAUGCAUCAUGAACAAGAAGCCUUCGGUGUUCACCCGAUCAUCUGCAUACCUUCCCUGGAUUAGUAACAUCAUACGCAGGGACAUCUACAAUCGACUUACGUCCGGCUGUGGCGGCGCGAAGGAUUUGACGGGCACAGGCGGCACGUUUUCUUCCAUGGACUUUCCAGAGGGUUACAGCAACAACGCUCAAUGCCAGUGGAACAUUCACGCACCCGCUGGGAAAGUGGUACACCUCCACUUUAGCAACUUCUCUCUGGAGGAGAGCCUAAUGUGUAUGAGCGACAAAGUCAGCAUUGCAGACGCAGCAGGAAGUCUAGGCACCUACUGUAGCCACAUUCCACCAAUGGAUCUGGUGAGUGACGGGAACUCACUUCACAUUUCCUUCUCAUCCAAUGACAAGGUGGUGGACACUGGUUUUACCGCCACCUGGAAGGCGGUGGACCCUUCGGAAGCUCCUUGCGGGGGUACGUUUAGCACCUCCCAGGGUGAACUCACUAGUCCCAACUGGCCCAACGACUACCCAAUCCAAGCCGUGUGUACGUGGAGGAUUCGGGUCCCUGCCGCUGAAAGUAUCUACGUAGAGUUCACACAUUUCGAGCUGCAGGCCGUCAGCGUUAUUGGCGAAUGCGUUGACUAUGUGGAGGUCUUCAGCGGGGGAAGCAUGACGUCACUAGGUCGCUUCUGUGGCUUUGCCCCGCCGCCCAAACUGACCGUGCCAGGUGACAUGGUGGUUAUCCGCUUUCUGAGUAAUGGCGUCAACCGGCAGCAGGGUUUCCGUGGCUACUGGACCACCGAUGCCAAUGUCAUCCCCACUCUACCUCCUCCCACGCCCAACCCUUGGGACAACAUCACCAUCAGUGAGUUUGGAAACUAG